AUGGAGUCCACCAUGGAUCUCAACUCCAUCCUAUCGCAUGCAUCCGAACUCGCCGUCCGCUCCACAACAACAGGCCGUCCAGCCGUCUACAAAGCGGUCGGAAUAUCGCUAGCAGUCGCAUCUGGCCUCUUCAUCGGCGUCUCGUUCGUACUGAAGAAAAUCGGUCUCCUCAAGGCAAACGUGAAGUAUAAUGAAGAGGCAGGUGAGGGAUAUGGAUAUCUGAAGAACUUCUACUGGUGGAGUGGUAUGAGCCUGAUGAUCAUCGGCGAGAUCUGCAAUUUUGUCGCGUACGCUUUUGUCGACGCAAUCCUGGUUACACCUCUCGGUGCGUUAUCUGUGGUGAUCACCACGAUCUUAUCAGCCAUCUUCUUGAAGGAAAGGUUAAGUUUCGUCGGCAAGGUUGGCUGCUUCAUGUGCAUUAUCGGCUCAGUCGUCAUCGCCAUGAACGCCCCUCAACAAUCUUCUGUCGAUGAUAUCCAAGAAAUGCAGAAAUACGUGAUUGCCCCGGGCUUUUUGUCCUAUGCUGGUGUCAUUAUCGUCGGCGCCGCCAUCACUGCCUUUUGGGUUGGUCCGCGCUAUGGAAAGAAGAGCAUGUUCGUCUAUAUCAGCAUCUGCAGUAUGGUCGGUGGAUUGAGUGUUGUUGCGACUCAGGGCUUGGGCUCGGCAAUUCUGGCGCAGAUUAACGGAGAGUCGCAGUUCAAACACUGGUUUUUCUGGGUCUUGCUCGUCUUUGUCGUCUGCACGCUGUUGACAGAGAUUAUAUAUCUCAAUAAAGCUCUGAAUAUCUUCAAUGCCGCCCUCGUCACCCCAACUUACUACGUCUUGUUCACUAGUGCCACGAUUAUAACAUCUGCCAUUCUCUUUCGAGGGUUCAAGGGUACCGCUAUCGAAAUUACAACUGUUAUAAUGGGCUUCUUGCAAAUCUGCUCCGGUGUGGUCCUCCUGCAGCUGUCAAAGUCUGCGAAAGAUGUCCCCGACGCUGCGGUUUUCAAGGGUGAUUUGGACCAGAUCCGCGAGGUUGUCGGACAGGAGGAGCCCGAGUAUGAACCAAAGGCGGACUCCAUUCGUGGUACUGCGUCUAUUCUCCGCCACGUUUCAUCCGCUCGCCGUACGCAUGAGAAUGAGGAAGCACGACGGCUUUAUCAUGAGAAGCAUCAAGAUUCUCUCGAGCCGCCCAAUGAGAACGAGAUCAUCGAAUGGGAUGGUCUCCGCCGGCGUAAGACUGUUAUCGGUGACGGGCCCAGGAUAUCUCGAGCAUCCUCAACAAGACAGCCAAUGCCGACUCUACCGCCUCUACCGCCUCUACCACCUCUUGGAAUGUCACGAUUCCCAGAUCCUGAAAAUGAAGAACACGAACAUGACGAGUACGAACCACGACCCCCCUCCCACCAAAGCAGCCGCUCAUUCAUGAGUGAUUUCCAAGCCCGUGCUUCUAACGUGCUUCACCAUGGUAAAUGGAUUCCUCUGCACGAAGACGAAGAGGCAGAGGAAGUCACAGGCUCAAAAAACAGCAUGAGAAUGACAGAGAUGAAGCUUCAGACUGAUGGCUCUGAUGACACCGCGUACCAUGGUGCCAGGGCCUUGAGAGGUCAUGAGCGCAGCGACACUCUGCGCUCUGUCUCGGGGGUCGACGAGAAAGCCCAUGAACAUCCUCCUAGAACUCCCGACAACCUAGCAGUUGACCCGACAGCACAGCGCCAAUUCUCCUUUAAUAAAAUGUUCAACCGUAUCAAACCCAUCCGCUCACCAUCACCCCAGGGUAUGUCCAAUCCGCGACGUGGUAUCCUGCGCCGGUCAUCGCACCACACUCCAGAUGGAGCAACUGAAGAAGAACGACUUGGCUUGGUCCACGGUGAUUCCCGCACCAGCCAGCCAGAAGAGGAGCCACAAUUAGACCGUCUCAAUAGUAACGAGUCAGAGCUCGACGAAACUCAACCAAUGCAACCAGCUCGCCUGCACAGCAACUCCGCCUCGUCCAUAUCGGCGUUCCCACCAUACGAGGACCACCAGGCCUUCUAUUCGUCGCAUGGAGCAUCAGCAUCCGUGUCCAACCCAUACUACUUCCCACAAUCACGCCAGGCCACAGCCUCUCCAGGACCCUACGAAAACUGGCAGAUUCCUCCCAGCAGCAACCACAACCAGAGCCACGGCCACACCCGCACCCGCACAGACUCCUCAUCUCAUCGCGCACCACCUCCCGCCCAAUCCUCUUACUCAACCCACCGCCACCCAAACCCGCUCCCCCCACUCCCGCAGGAAGAUGACGCCGUUCUCGGUAUGAGAUCCGUUUCAUCCGACUCUUCCAAUCUCGGUGUCGCCUCCGUUUCCUCUACAGAGGCCCACGACGACGAUAACCGUCAAGGUCAAGCUCCGACUCUAGCUCAUCCUACUUAUCCCUCCCGUUGGAGUGCUGGCUGGCGCCGCGACUUUACCGAUGAGUCUUCCCCGAGUCAAGAUCCGGUUCAGGGUCAUCGAAAGAGCCAGAGCCAUGGCCGAAGCGGUGCAUUCCUCUAG